ACGAGAAUGAAUGACAGCUCCAGCAGACUGUGUGCUUGGGUUUAUCAGCUGUUUCGGUAUCCUCGAACAAGGUUUAGGCAGUAUUCAUCCACGCCGGUACCAGCUGUUGAGGUACCGAAAACGUUACCUUUUCCCCGCGUCGAGGCCCCUGUAACGACGACUCAAAGAUAUCCCGACAAGAACAACAAAAGCAUCUUCAACAGGAAGUACGCGCUAGCCGACAUGGUCAAUGGGCCUCUAGCAAUCACCUUCUUGGGAACAGCAUCCGCAGUCCCUUCACACACCCGCAACCACUCCUCCCUCGUGCUGAAACAUGAUGCUGGGUCUUGGAUGUUUGACUGUGGAGAGGGAACGCAGAAGCAGAUGCAGCGAGGUGGUGAUGGAGUUAGGAUGGGUCAAGUGAAACGCAUCUUCAUCACACAUAUGCAUGGAGACCAUGUUUUUGGCAUCGUUCCAUUAAUGGCGUCCGUGUUGUGUGGAGCUGGAGGAACGGUUGGAGCAUCGGAUCCGCGGCUUGACAGUGCCGCUGACAAGAGCGCAAGAGCAGAGACGGGUGAAGACGAGGCACUGGAGAUUUAUGGACCUUUGGGGUUGAGAGAGUACAUCCGGCGAGCACUGAGGCUGACAUACACCAAUCUUGGCGGAGCAUAUCGAGUGACUGAACUUCACUUUCCGACAGAUCAGCCUCAGCCAGAAGGGAGACCACACCUCCUUGAACUACCAGGGAAGAAUAUCCUGCCACAUGGAGAUGGCUUAUGGCGAGAUUUCUGCAUUACCCCAAAUCUCGUCGUCUCGGCUGGACCCAUCCUACACAGUGCACCGUGCAUCGGCUUCGUCGUACAGGAGACAAAUGUUCCGGGAAAGAUGAACCCAGCUUUGUACGCACCGCAUUUGAAGAGAAACAAGGAAGCACUUGCGGCGGAAGGUAUUGCCAACCCCAUGAAACUCUUGGCAACUAUUCAGCAGGGCACUAAGAUCACAUUGCCUGACGGCACAGUCCUCACUCCACCUGCGCCACGAGUCGGACGAAAGAUCGCUAUCCUUGGCGAUACCCAUGACCCCAGCCCCAUGGCUGUUCUCUGUGACGACGCUGACCUGCUCAUCCACGAAGCCACGAACGCACAUCUUCCAGAUAUCGACGCAGCAACCAAGUCCACAGACACUUUCGAAACUGUCCAGGAGCGCACAAUCUGUCACGGACAUUCUACGCCACAAAUGGCAGGUGCCUUCGCGAGAAGAAUAGGAGCAAAGAGGUUGUGUCUGAAUCACUUCUCCUCGCGAUAUAAGGGUGAUGAGAGUGAGGAAGCGAUGAGCAUCAUGGAGGGUAUUAGAGCAUUGGCGAUUAAGGAAUUUGGAUCGGAUGAUGUGACCUGUGCAAGAGAUUUCAUGAGGAUCGAAGUGAAGAGGCAAGAGGAAGAAAUUGAAAGGUCGUAGAGCAGGUUGAUGCAGCCAGAACAAUUGGAAAGAAGAUUGUGUUUUGGUACACAGUGGGAGAGUUGAUUGAUCAAUGGCAAGACGGGUCAAGGCUUCCGGGGUGUGGCGAGUCAGACUCUGGAGAAGGACAUGGCUGUCAC